UUCCGAGAAGCAGCGGACGCAAUGAGCCAAGAAGCAAACGAGGCAAUCCUGCUCAAUCUAGGAGAGCACGGGUACAUUCAAGGCAGGACAAUCGGCGACGACGAUGUUGUCUUAGUGCAUUAUUUCGGCGGCGUUCGCUAUGCGUUUCCGCCGUCAAAGCGAUGGGGAAUGGCAGAGAGAUUACCGAUUGAUUAUUCGUAUGGUAGUAAGACCAACCCUGGGAUGUGUGACGGAAGAGCGGUGCAUUGUCCGCAGCCGUUUAUGGGGGACCAGGGGAGCGAGGAUUGUUUUGAGUGUAAUGUUUGGAUGCCUGUGGGAGAGAGGCCGGACGGAGGAUGGCCGGUUAUAUUCUACAUUCACGGCGGAUUCCUACAGACAGGUAGCCCCAACGACAUAAACCCAUCCCGUCUCAUAGGCGAAACAGACCUAAAAUGCGUCAUUAUCGCUCCAGUCUACCGUCUAGCCGUCCUCGGGUUCCUGAGCUCUAACGAACUUGCGCAGGAAGCUGCCUUACGGCACGAACCAUCCGGUAACCAGGGAUUCUGGGAUCAACGGAUAGCGCUUGAAUGGGCUUAUGAGUAUGCUCGUUAUUUCGGUGGAAAUGGAGGAAAUAUUACUGUAGCUGGGUAUUCUGCUGGAUCAUACUCGGUUUUUCACCAACUCGCGCACGAUCUAUACCUCCCGCAAGAAAAGAGUCUUAUCCGACGAGUCAUCAUGCUCUCCAAUGGACCGGGAGUACAACCAAAACCAGCACCAGAAGUCCAGAAACAAUUCAAUCACCUCCUCAUCGCACUAAACAUACCGCUAACCCUCUCAUCAGCCAAAAAACUUGCGCGAUUACGCAACGUGCCAACAACACAACUCAUCACUACAAGCAUCAAGACACAAUACCACCAAUAUAGACCAUGGCAUGACGGCAAGUUUGUGCCUAGCUCAUUGUUUCCGGAUAUUGAUAAUGGAGAGUUUGCGCGGAGGAUGGUUGAGCGGAAUAUUCGGUUGAUGAAUGGGGAAUGUCGUGAUGAGCAUUUCCUGUACGGGACGUGGUAUACGCCUAACAAUUCACUCGGAUCGUUACGACGACGGCUGGAAGCUGAUUAUCCAUCAGCCGUUUGUGACGCGUUAACUAAUCUCUACUAUCCCGACAGCAACCUACCUCCCGGGGUCGAGAAUUGGCAAGAUGCCUUUGGCAGAAUAUACGCCGAUGUACAAGUGCACAUGCUCGAACGCGGCUUCAUGAACGCACUCGCCCAAACCGGUGCAGCGCAUCUUCUCUAUCGAUAUCGAAUCGAGUAUCGCGCGAAAUGCGUCACGCUUCCACCUGAGUGGGGGGUCACGCAUUCGAGUGAUAUGGCGAUGUGGUUCUGGGGCAACGGGGCAAGAUUGGAGAUGGAUGAGGAGAGGGUUGUGGGUGAAGCGUUGAUUGAGCCGUUGGUUGAGUUUGUGAAUGGGAGGGAAGUUGAGGGGUGGGUUGACGAUGGGCCAUCAAGAGUGCAGAGGGUGAGGAGGUUAAGGGCGGAUGGGGGAGUGGAUGUUUGGGUUGAUGAGGGCGAGAUGUGGAGGAAGGGAUUGAGGAUUUGGGGUGCGUUGGCACCGGCGAGGAGAGAUGUUGCGAAGUUGUAG